GAUUUAAAAGGAUGAAAAGACAGACCUGAUCAUUCACUCCCACCCUGGGCCUCGGUAAGGGCACCGGAGAGAGGAGACCCCAGCCCAGUCUAAAGUGCUGCCUUGCCAGCUCACCCGGGCUCACCGAGCAACCGCAGAGCCAAGAACCGGGCUCCGAAAGAGGGGCGGGGGGGUGCCUAUGCAACCAGACGUAGCCACCAGAGCCCAGCCUCCAGCAACUAGUCCCUGCCGCCCGACGCCUGCGCCCAGGAGCGCUUCUCGCGCCGACCGUUUGUAUUUGCAGGAGCAGAGCGAAGCCCGCCAAGCACCGCGGCAAGACCUUCAAAGCUGCUGGCUCCCCAGCGCUCCACGAUUCCUCGCUGCAGAUUCCACACUACAUUCAUCCAGAAUCCCGAGGACACUGACACUGCUGAGAGCCUUCCCCACCGUUAGUUCGAUCCCGAGCUGCAAAGUAGAGCUUAGUCUAGUUUUGAUGCUCAGAGUGGCUCGGGAUGCGAAGUGAGAAACCGGGAAUCUAUACCGAAUCGUAAACCAUGGAGAUAGAAAUGCUUUUUCUUUAAGACUCAGAUCUCGAACGUCACUUCCGGCAACAAUAGGAAACGUCAAAACUCGGACAGUCGGCAACCCUAGCUGCUGCAGCUUGAGGUGCGCUCGUUUUGGAAGAAUCCAUUGCUGUUUCUGGAAUUCUCGCCGCCGUCACCUCCACCGGCGUGAACAAGGAACGUUUGAACAGGCUUCUCCAUGGCCUGGGCACCAGUUCCUGGCUGAGCCAUUUUCUUUUUGGCUAAAAGCCCCCGCCAAGAGGCCGAUUCGUCGCGGCGGCGGUGGAGAUCGCAGGUCCCUCAGGCUUGCAGAUGGGUCAGGGGCUGUGGAGAGUGGCCAGAAACCAGCAGCUACAGCAGGAAGGCUACAGUGAGCAAGGCUACCUCAGCAGAGAGCAGAGCAGAAGGAUGGCUGCCAGCAGCAUUUCCAAUACCAGUCAUCGUAAACAAGUCCAAGGAGGCAUUGAUAUAUAUCAUCUCUUGAAGACAAGGAAAUCUAAAGAACAGGAAGGAUUCAUUAAUUUGGAAAUGUUGCCUCCUGAGCUAAGCUUUACCAUCUUGUCCUACCUGAAUGCAACUGACCUCUGCUUGGCUUCAUGUGUUUGGCAGGACCUCGCUAAUGAUGAACUUCUAUGGCAAGGGUUGUGUAAAUCCACUUGGGGUCACUGUUCCAUAUAUAAUAAGAACCCGCCUGUAGGAUUUUCUUUUAGAAAAUUAUACAUGCAGCUGGAUGAAGGCAGCCUCACCUUUAAUGCCAAUCCAGAUGAGGGAGUGAACUACUUUAUGUCCAAGGGUAUCCUAGACGACUCACCAAAGGAAAUAGCAAAGUUUAUCUUCUGCACAAGAACACUAAAUUGGAAAAAACUGAGAAUCUAUCUUGAUGAAAGGAGAGAUGUCUUGGAUGACCUUGUAACACUGCAUAAUUUUAGAAAUCAAUUCUUGCCCAAUGCACUGAGAGAAUUUUUUCGUCAUAUCCAUGCCCCUGAAGAGCGUGGGGAAUAUCUUGAAACUCUUAUAACAAAGUUUUCACAUAGAUUCUGUGCUUGUAACCCCGAUUUAAUGAGAGAACUUGGCCUUAGUCCUGAUGCUGUCUAUGUACUGUGCUACUCUUUGAUUCUACUUUCCAUUGACCUCACUAGCCCUCACGUGAAGAAUAAAAUGUCAAAACGAGAAUUUAUUCGAAAUACUCGUCGUGCUGCUCAAAAUAUUAGUGAAGAUUUUGUAGGACACCUUUAUGACAACAUCUACCUUAUUGGCCAUGUGGCUGCAUAAAAAGCACAGUUGCUAGGACUUCAACUUUUCACUUCAAACUAAAGCUACCCAAGGACUUAUUUAGCAGAUAUGAGGGUUGCAUUAGUGCCGGUCAUUCUAGCCUCUGUAUACAAUCAAGCUUGAGUGUACAAUCUUGUUUUCUUUUACUAUUUUUUUUUUUUUUUUAGUAAUUUUCUUGAGGAACUAAAGAAUUCUGCAGAAUUUUUCUUAAUUUUUCUUAUCAUGUUUUGCACAAAGCAGAGCCAUUGUUCGUCACAGCUGUUUAAGAAUGUUAACUGACAUUAUACUCUAAAAGAUGGUAUAUUUGUGUAUUAGAUUUGCCUGAAAAACUUUAUUCACUUCCAUUCUUUUUUAAAAUACCAUGUAAUGUGUACAUAUUUAACUAGAGAUUUAUAAUCAUAAUUAUUUUAUUGUAAAGAUUUUCACUAAAACCUUUCCUUUUUCUCUCAAACUGAGUUCUGAAUUUUAUUUGAUUCUGAUCUGAGAUUAUUAAUCUUUAUAAAAUUUGAAUCUUACUUUGAUUGAAAUCAAUACUAGCUUUUCUUUCCUUUGAACUUUUAAAAGAGUACUGAUUUGUUAGUAUGCAAAAUAGGCACUUAUUUUUAUAAUAUAAAUAUAUCACUUAACUUUUAAUUUUUAAAACUUCUGGGUUAGUCAAGUCACAAUAUCCUUUAAACUAUUUAGGAUAGCAAAGUAUGUUAAAAUCUAAGAUUUACAUGUAUAAGAAAAAAAUAUUAUUAGAACUUAUAUUUGAAGUAAUUAGUCAAACUUUACUGUUGUCCUAAUGUUGAUUAUUUCUGUUUAUUAUCAAUUGAGUAAAGGAUGUUGUGAAUAAUAGCAAACAUUCUUUAUUCAUUCAUUCAGUAAAUAUUUAUUAAGGGUCUUCCACAUGCUUAGCACUGUGGUAGGUAUUUGUGAAACCUAGGCAUGGGCUCUGCCUUCACAGAUGUUACAUGGUUGGGUAAUGAGAGGAAAAUACUGCUUAAUGGAGAGCAAAUGUAUAAGGUAUAACUUAAUGAACCAUUAUUUAAUAAUUAAAACACAACAUUGGUAUGAUAAAGAACAGUAUAUUUAUAUGAUAAGUCAGAAGUUCCCUGGAAAUAGCUCUAAGUGAAAAGCAUCAGCUUUGGUGUGAGAUACUAUGUGAUGGAUAGAUCUGCUAGUUCAUGGGAAGAGAAUUGGAGUAGAGACUCUGGAGAUGUGGAAUCCGAGCUUUCUUCUAGAUUUGGCCCUCAGUCGAUAUUACAACUGAAUGAGGUACUAUCGAAUUUUCAAAGACAAACCAUAAGGUAAUCAAACAAUUUUUGAAAGUCAAAGGGACUUUUAGACUUACCAGUCUAAGUUUCUCAAGUAAAUACCUUAAUACUUUUUACAAGUACAUAAUUUUGAAUUUUGUGACAAAACAAUUCUAAUGUUUAACUUCAAAAUGGAUUAAUUAACUUUAAAACUAUCAUAUGAAGUUUUCAAACAACAGAGUAAUGAUGACAUUUAUUAUCAUUUCUGUUUUCCAGUGAAUGGCACCUUGCCCUCUGCUUCUCCUGUCCUUCCUUGGUUUUCUCCAUUUCUGUCUCUCCUUUACCAUUUGGUUUUCUCAGUCUGUGUUAGCUUGACUCUCUCUUUUUUGGUACCUUCCUUAUCUCACUUUUUUUCCUUUUUCCUGUUUUUCUUUUCCAUCCUGACCUGAUUAUAUAGAUUGGUAAUAUUAUUUUUUCAACAUUUUCUUCUGAAAAUUUUCAAACAUAUAAAAGUUAAAUAUUUUACAGAGAAUGCCUAUGUCCUCCUACCUAGAUUCUACAAUUCAAAUUUUACUGCAUUCUCUUUACCACGUAUUUAUCCAUUUCUCUAUCCAUCAAUCAAUCUGUCUUACUGUUUUGAUAUAGGUCACAGUAAGUUUCAGGCAUCAGUACAGUUCUUUCCUAAAGACUUCAACUUUCAUAUCAUUAGCUAGAGAUCAAAUUUUUAGUUUCUUUUUCUUUUUAGGUAAAAUUUACAUUUAAUAAAAUGCAUAAAUCUUUACUAAUUAAUGAGUCUUCGGAAAUGCAUACAUGUAUGUAAACCAAACCCAUAUCAAGCUAUGCAACUCUACAAAGCCUAUUUACAGUUAAUAUUGUACCACUGCACAUAAAAUAUAAAAACUUUGUAACCAUAUAGGUGUGUUUACCUCAUUACCCUAUCUGUUAUUUUAUAGUUGUCAUGUCUUACAAAUAACAUGUUAUAAACUCCACAAUAAAAUGGUAUAGUUUGCUUUGUACAGUCA